CAGGGCCAUUGUCCCAGCUGUUCCCUGGAAGAGCAAAAGUGGCCGAAUUCCUUUGGGUCUCCAGGAGUUCCAAGUGCCGGGGCGAGACGGGAAAUUGCAAAAGUCCUCCCGCCUCUCGCCUCUUCCUACUCCCUCCCCUUACCACCCCCCUCACCUCCUCGACUUUUCCAGUAACUCCAGCCCCCGCCCCGGUGCUAAGCCUGCGGCUGAUUCAUAGCCCAGUUACGGCGCUGGGGGCCAGGGCGACUUCCCAGAGCGAGCCUCUGGCCGCGUUUUCUCCGCGCCUUCCACGGCCCGCUCCGCUGGCUUCCUCCGGGGAUCGACGAGCGAGUCCCCCUCCCCCGGUCCCGCGGAGCCUCCGCAUCUCGGCUCCUGUUAGCAGCCGAGCUCCGGGACCGAGACGAUGUACAAGGAUGUAGACAAGUAAUGACUGCAAAUACACUUGAACAAAUUCUGAUUCUCUCCUGGUGCCAACUGAAAGUAUAAGUGAUAUAUGAAAGUGAUAUUGACCGGAAACAUAUUGCAGGAUAAAGACCAAAUUAAAACUGGUAUAAAAAUAACCAAUGGCUCUCUUCCUGAAUCUUCAGACAGUAUUUCUGUUGGCACUGAUGCAUUUUAGCACAUACAGAACAGGUAAAGGAUCAUCUGAGUAUUUAGUAUAUCCUCCUGAAUCUAUUAAUGUUUCCAUCCGUUCUGAUGAACAGUGCUUGGAUAUACAAUGGACUGUUCACCUACAUAAUUAUACGUUGAAUUUAAAAAUGAUUUUCCAAAUAGACAUCUACAGAAGUACAUUAUCCAACACUGUUGAGAAUAAAAAUUAUACCACAACUUUGAAGUCUAAUGAAACUCUGCAAUGGUGUUGGCAUUCAGUGCUCCCCUUAGAAUGCACUUCUCAUUUUGUAAGAAUCAGAAGUAUGGUGGAUGAUGAAAGAUUCCCAGAGUCUAGGAUCUGGAGUUCCUGGAGCCCACCAGUGGUAUCAAAGGGGCAGGAAUCCUCAGGCGAAUUUCACAUUUUCCCUAAUGAUAUCAUGUAUGCUGAAGAAGAUUCCAGUGUCACCUUUUGCUGCAUUUCCAGAACAGAUAAUGAUAAAAUAGAGUUUUUUUAUGAAGACAGAUAUAUGCAGGGAAUAAAACUGAGCUCCCGUACGACAAUGUUUGAAGUGAAAAAUGUUGCUUUUGUUAGGAGACAAGGGUCAAAUGCCUAUUGUAAGCUGGACUCUUCCAUCGAUGGUGUUGUCCUAUAUGUAGGAGGAGUACUUGAAGAGCCCAAGGAUUUUUCUUGUCAAACUCGGGACUUAGAGACCUUGAACUGUACCUGGCAUCCAGGAAGAGACACGUUAUUGCCGGAGCAUCUUCCAAACAAUUACAGUUUAUUUGAAUGGUUUUCCCAGAAAAAGGUUAAUUGUGUUCACAGAAAUUGGUGUGCCUGGCAACUAGCCCCAGACAUGCAGGAUACGUAUAACUUCACACUGAUGGCUGAAAAUAAACUAAGAAAGAGAAGAACCAGCACUUUCUUUAAUGUGAACCAACAAGUUCAACCAAAAUUUGUUGGUGAAAUAUCUAUUGAAAAUGUAGAUGCCACAGAGGCAACAUUGAGAUGGCAAAUUAUUCCCAAUCAAAAAAACCUCACUUUUUUGUGUCAGAUUGAAGUCUACGAUAAUGAAAAAGGAAUAGAGUACAACACUUCCAACUCUGAAUUCACUUUAAGUGGAUUGCAACCUUAUACAGCACAUUCAGUUCGAGUACGCUGCUGCAUAGCCUCCCACUUUUGGAAAUGGAGUGAAUGGAACAGCAAAAACUUCACCACAAAGGAAGACACUCCCUCAGGGGCUCUCAAUAUCUGGAGAAUUGUGGAACCAGUUUCAGGAGGAUACAAUGUGAAAAUAUUCUGGAAGCCACUACCAACAUUUCAAGCUAAUGGAAAAAUCUUGAAUUAUAGCAUAGCUAUGGAAACACUGGGGAAGGUGCCUAAGGUGGACAUCUUUUUUUCUGACUCUGACAGUAACAGUACCGAAAAAAUUAUUGAUGAACAGCCCUAUCAAAUCAGUGUUGCAGCCAUCAAUAGUGCUGGAUCGUCUAUUCCUUCAGUCAUUGUGGUCUCUGGAAAUACUGAAAAAAGCAUACAAAACAUAAAAGAAGAUAGAGUUAAUGGCACAAGGGAUGGAAUAUAUCUGUCUUGGAAACCUGACUCAGAAGAAACUGAAAGCUACGUUGUGGAUUGGUGUAACUAUCCCUGGGACGCAAUCUGUGAUUUCCAAUGGCAGAAGUUCGGUUCCAAUAUCACUAGUGCAAUCAUCCGAUCUGCUGCUUUUCAGUCUGGAGUGAGAUAUAACUUUAAAAUUUACGGGUUGUCUACAAAGCAUGAACCUUAUUUACUAGCGAAGAAAACAGGAUAUACUCAGGAGUUGGCACUUGAUUGCAAACCAGAGGUGACUGUUGACAAUUUGGCUUCUACUUCAUUGACCUUGAAUUGGAAGGAUAAUUGCACGGAUGAGCCGCAGUAUGGCUUCUUUAAAGGGUACCAUAUUUAUAAGAAACCUGAAGUGGAGGAGCCCUGCGACUCAGAAACAGAAAAGCAAGUUUUUUCAGAUAAUAUAGUAGUCUGUAUGUACACAGUUUCAGAUACAAAACAAAAGACUUUCAAUGUGAAAAAACUGCAACCAAAUUCAACAUACAGUUUUGAAGUGAAAGCAUUCACAGGUGGUGGAGACAGCCUUGCUGGCAUUAUAAAGGUCACAACAGGAACCCAUGAAAACACCAAUUUAAUGAUGACUAUAAUACUUCCCAUGGCUUUAUUUUCUCUGCUGCUCAUCAUCGGGUUGAACUUGAAAAUUCAGUGGGUGAAGGAGAAGUGCUUCCCUGAUAUUCCAGACCCUUAUAAGAGCAGUGUCCUGUCACUGAUGAAAUUCAAGGGCAAUAUUCACCAGGCCAUACUGAAUACUAGUGACUGUAUUCCUGACGCCAUUGAAGUUGUGAACAAGCCAGAAAUAAGUAAAACACAGGGAUUGAGGACAAUACUUGUGGGGAAUGAGAUCACCACACCUGCCUAUCUCUACCUCCUUCCAGUGGGAAAAGAUGCCUUGGACUCUCAAGCUUGCAUUUGUUUUGAGAACUUCACUUAUUGUCAGGCAGCAUCUGACUCUGGUUCUUGUAGCCAAAAUCAGAUGAUACCCACAGACCAAAUGAUGUCUGUGGAGUCUUCUGAGCAUUUACUAAAGGUAGACAAGGACUACAUCAGACCAUUUGGCAAUACUCCUGCUGGAGAAGAAGUCAGUUUGAAUUAUGUAUCCCAGUUGGCCCCAACCAUGUCUGGAGACAAAGGCAACUCUUCACCUAAUCUUCCUGAGCCAGCACACUGCUCGGAGUACAAAAUGCAAAUGGUGAUACCUGCAGGCUUGGCUCUGUCCUUUCCUCCAGAAGGUGACAGACCCAUCUCAGUUGCCUCUUUAGACCAACUUGAAAAGCCGUGCUAACCAGUAAACAUGUUUCAUACCUUCAUGCUCCAUGACACCGAGUUCCAUACCCUCAUUGCUUGUGAGCUUAGGUACAACGUGGCACAUCUGGUAUCAUUCCUCAGUCAGGCACAAGAGGCAUGGGAUUGCAUGCAUAAGAAGUCCUGCAGGGCCUUGGCAAUCCUGCCCGGCUUCAUGGCCAGAGGAACAUUUUGCACAUUCUUCUGCUUACCUUGGGAAGAAGAAAAAAAAAGGUUGACCUUAGAAAACAGUGCCUGAGGGAGCUUAUUUACUAUGCUGCCUCUUCAUAAUAAAACUCAUUUUCUGAUAGAUAGGCACUUUAUCUUUUUCUCAAUUUUUUUUUUUGAAAAGGUAGCUUUCAAGGCUGCCAUCGUGGGACCUUCCAGCUCUAUUUCUGAGAGAAACUGUUUCUACUGAGUGAGUCCUGCUUCCACAUUUAGUACUUUAGAGACAAAAGGAUUGUACUUGGAUGCUCAUUUUAUAAACUGAAUCUCAAGGCGAUACAUUUCAGCAAAUACAACUUGUUGGUGGGCAUUAAUUCUGGCUAGUUACUAUGGGAACAUAUCCUGAGGGAUCUUGGGAUUGGUGUUUUGGAACAUGUUUUGAAGUGAUUUGAAGAUGAUGCUGUAGUUGCAUGUGUACCUGAAGAGAGUGAAAACUAAAAUUACUGUAGUAAGCUGCAAGAUAACUGACAUUAUCUACCACUGGAGACCCUUCCACUUUCUUUCAGUGACUUGGUUUUGUUUUUUUCUACUGAGAUUUUUUUUUCUUCUUUUCUUAAAAAUCUCAUUCACCCUCAAUAUCUAUUCUUUUUCCAUCAAGAAUAUUACCUCUGAAAAUCUCCUUUAUUCUGUUUAUGGUAGAGUGUUAAAUAAAAAAAAAAAAACGACAACACUGGUUGAUUUUAGUA